UUUUUAGCUGUGACCGGUUUACACUGUGGUCAGCUGUUUUCAGUGUGUGGGAGUAACAGUGAUUUGAACCAUAGGUUCUUGAGUCUCUGUAGAUUACCAUGGAAAGCUGCAGAAACUGUAGUCAGAGGUACACUACAAAGCCAGAAUGCAGUAACUACACUUGCUGAGGGUUGCCUUGGAAUUUAGCUCUGUUUUGCAAAAUAAAUAACCAAAUUUGUUGUUACUGCACAUAAUAGAAAAAGAUAUGGAAGGCUGAGAGCAUAGUUCAAUAUGACAAUGCAGCGGUUAAAUUGCAGCAAUGACAACAGAAUAAGCAGUCUUGUUGAAAGUGUACUGCUGGUUCAUCCCUGUCCCCAGAAUGAAUCCAGGAUUAUCAGGGGAAACCAUACCAUGGUACAGCAGGCAAUUACAGUAAGCAAGCUCACAUACUGACUGAUUAAUCUGCACAGGUUAAAGUUUAAAAUUACAUGAAAAAGGGAGAAGUCAAGUGACACACAUUUCUCAGUGAGCUGUAUUUGAGGGUAGAUUUUCCUUUAAGGAGCUGUCAGCUGGUUUAUGACACUGUUUGUGUGCUGAGCUGUUCCCAGGCAGCAUUGUGCCUGAUUUAGCCAGAAUGCUCGGAUAGCAACAGCAACUUUUAGCUUUGGCUGGGGUUAUGAGGAGAAGUCAGACAUCUCAGCUGUAGAGAGUCACUCAGUGACCAUGUGCUUCUGGAAGCCUUUUGCCCCGUUCCCCCGGCUCCAUCUCCACCCCUCCCCCCUCUUUCCAUUUCUACCUGACAUCUUCAAACUAUUUCCGCGUCAUUCCUGCCUCGCGCCGUUUGAAGACACACUGAGAAACUAAGCCAACGCCCCUCCCACAGACCCGUCCGCUACCCUAUCACACACAGGGACGGGACUUUAUGUAGCCAAUCAGAUCACAGCUGCCGUAGCGUCGGGUAGCAACAGAGCCCGUAGAGGGUGCCUGCUGAGUGAGGGUAGAGGCUGCCUUUACCCGAGCACAGAGAAGUUGGAACAUGUUGAAAGACUGAAUGAACAAACAGCCUUUACGUGUUACAUGGUAGCAGUAAUACAAGCUCAUAUAUUUAAUGCUGAUUUGCCAUAUUUAUAAAAUAUAAUAUUAAAAACUGCUGUGAGUGUAUUUUGAAUGUUUGUUGCGGGGGCAGCCUAUGUAUUAAUACACAUAUCUGUUGUAUAAGGGAGUACAUUUUAAUGGCGCUUAUCAAUAUAGACCUAUGUCCCUUAUUUAUUUUUAAUUUUUUUCAUUUUACCGCCCUCUGGCCCGGUUCUUCACAAACAUUUAACAAUGAGCUUGCUCAGACCAUAAGCUGUACUUAAUUUACAGUUACUUUUGCAAACCUUAAGGAAAUGGGGCUUGGAAUAGGUUUAGAAAAGUAAGACUUUUUUGAGUUGGUGGGAUUUUUUUUUUUUUUUAAGUAUUUAUCAAUCGGUCUUCAUCCAUAAAAUGCUAUCAUGGGUUUAAGUAAAGGUUGUCUAUGCAUGCGUGUAUAUAAAGUUCCAGUAUAUAUAUCCCGCUGUUACUAUAAAUGGACAGGACAUGAGAGAUCCUGGAGCGGACUACUGCGGUCAGAUGGAAGGUUACUGUCCCGCUAACUCACCCGGCUCGUCGACGUUGUUUCAUUAAAGCAGUCGGCCUCUGACUGCUGCUCGAUAACAUUCCUUGUAAAAUGUCGUUAAUGUCACGUUUUCGUCCCGUAUGUGUAUCUACUGUGGUUUUACCGGUAGCUUAUAUGUGAGUCUGCGCCAGACAGAUCAGCUCCGACCCCCGCCACAGGCAUAUGGUAUAGUCCCUAUGGCAGGGUUGGGGGGACCGUGUGGGAGAGGAGCACGGAUUCCGUCUAACGGAGAAGCACGGAAAGGGAAACGGGCGAGAAACAUGAGUCGAAAUCGCCCUUGUGAUGGUUUCCAUCUUGAAGGAAUAAAAAAUCUCCCUCACUGCUGAGAGGGACGAGUGGAGGAGGACGUUAGUGUUAGAGAAAAGAGCGGAAGGAGACGGAAGAAGAGGCGCCUUAACGAGCGAUCAAAGGCGCCCGACAGCAAGCUCAGGAACUUCACUGGAUUUGGUUUCUUUACUUCGAGGCGACUCUCAAGUUUUGGGUUUUGCAGUUGAGACUUUUACUUUAGUGUGAUUACCUCAGACGCGGACUUCUUCCUGGAUCGAGUUGGUAAACAGAGGACAAUAUCGGAAGUACAAGUUUGGAAGUACAAUGCAGGCCGUCCGCGGCUUCUCCUGUCUCUUCAGCACGGGGAAACAUCUGGUAUCUAACCCCAGAUACUGGAUCUAAACCUUUGUCUCCCGAUCGCUUUCUUUCGGCAGCGUGCAGAUGAAGUGCAGUGUCCCUGCUUCUACGUCGCGUUGUCUCUGCAGACAGACCUGUUGGACUGUGGAUAUCCAGUUAGAGUAACUUUCUCUGGAACUACACUCUCUGCGAAAUCAACACGUUGCAGGGGACAGGGUUGUUUACAUGUGUUUCUUGUCACAGAGACAUCCUGUAUGGUGUAUGGGCAAUGCAUUAUUGUUUGUCUUUUUGAACGUGCUCCUUCUCACCCCAGCAGAGGCCGACCACCUCCUCCUGUAGGCGGGUGAAGGGGAGCAAUCCACACAGGUUGUGUAACAUUGCCAGUGGAGGGCUGUGUGUGUCACUGGAUUAUCUGAGUGAUAACAUCACUAUACACUGCUCUACUCUGUCCAGUGACGAGUCCCCCCAGAAAGCGGCAGUAAUUGGAGCUAUUUUUAGCGUAGGAUGGGGUAAAAGCAGGCAGCUGGAAACCCAACUCCCCUCCACCUCCUUUUCUUCCACCCCUUCUGUCACACUACCUCGCUCAGCCCACCUGGCAGUAUGCUGGGCGAGUCUGGUUAGCACAGACUUGACUUACAGCUAGUUAAGGUGUUUUGCAUGUAGUCUUGAAGAAAAAAAGAAAAACUGGAUGAACUUAUUCCGCUGAUCUCUUGGAUCCAUAUACUGGCCAUGGAGUCUUAGUAAACUGGGAAUACUAACUGUACUGUACUGGACACAUAAACUGUACUGGAUUACUACUAAGAUGUCUGAAGAACUACUAGCAUAAGCAAGUAGAGUAUAUGCCUUUACUCCUGGGACAUUUCGCUCAAACUCUUAAUCAGAGUGGCCACUCUUUAACAUACUGUUAGAGAAGAAAGGCCUACUUUUGACUUAAAAUAUCAGUCACCAGCGAUCUGCAGCAGUACAGACCUACAGCACCCAGAAAGAAUGCAUGAAACUGCCGAAACCAACGUAACAAAAAGCUAACCUGACUAACCAAAUAUUCUAUUUCCCCCCACUCCCUAGACAGAGAAACCCAAUAUAUGUAGAAUGGGAUAUUUAUAUCUAUAGUGUAACUCCACAGAACACAGAGAUUACUUCCUUUAUAUUUUUACUUAAGAGAGACAAGCUGCCUGUAUACCAGUUGGUUGCCUUAGAAACCACAGUCACAAAAUAAUAAAAAAAAAAGAAAAAAGCCAGAGAAGACGGUGCCUUUUGAUUGGUUGGUCGGUUUCCCACCAUUUCAAGAUUCAUUGAUUUAUUUGGAUGUAAACGGUUAAAAGUGAAGUCUAGGAUUGAAAACGCAUCCAAUGACAGUUACCUAAACCCCGACAAACUCUGUGCAUCUGUCAAAGUUGUUUUGAUUGACAGUAUUUCCCUGCUGGAUUGAACAAUUGCCAAGCAUUUCCAUGGUGAUCACAUCCUCAUCCGUGGAGGAGAAGACUGUGCCCUCUUGCAGGAUGGUCCAAUCAGAACCCUGGAUCACCUCUGCCCUGCUGCGCAAGAACAAGAGUGUAAGCAGCUCAGGAUGUCCGCCCACCUCCUCCUCCUCCUCCUCCUCCUCCUCCUCCUCCUCCACUGCCCAGGGCUUCUCCCUCGCUGAGCCAGCCAUGACCAGCCAGCACACACAUACACACCCCUCCUUCAGCUCCAUCCACUCCAUGGCCGAGCAGCAGCAGGUGCUGUCUGAUAUGACCAUACUCCAGCGGAGGAUCCCCCCCAGUUUCAGAGACCCUGCCAGCGCCCCACUAAGGAAACUCUCUGUUGACCUCAUCAAAACUUACAAGCACAUCAAUGAGGUGUACUAUACUAAGAAGAAGCGGCGGGCCCAGCAGGUCCCUCCAGAGGACAGCAGCACCAAGAAGGAGAGAAAAGUGUACAAUGAUGGCUACGACGACGACAACUAUGACUAUAUUGUCAAAAAUGGAGAAAAGUGGCUGGACCGCUAUGAGAUAGACUCGCUGAUUGGGAAGGGCUCCUUUGGACAGGUGGUGAAGGCCUAUGACCACCAUGAGCAGGAAUGGGUUGCUAUUAAGAUCAUUAAGAACAAAAAGGCAUUUCUAAACCAGGCACAGAUUGAACUACGCCUGCUGGAGCUCAUGAACAAGCAUGACACUGAGAUGAAAUAUUACAUAGUCCACCUGAAGCGUCACUUUAUGUUUAGGAAUCAUCUCUGUUUGGUGUUUGAGUUGUUGAGCUACAACUUGUAUGAUCUGCUGAGGAACACCAACUUCAGAGGAGUCUCCCUCAAUCUCACCAGGAAAUUUGCACAGCAGCUCUGUACAGCUUUACUAUUCCUGGCCACUCCAGAGCUGUCAAUCAUCCACUGCGACCUGAAACCAGAGAACAUCCUGCUGUGUAACCCCAAGAGAUCUGCAAUCAAGAUAGUUGACUUUGGAUCCUCCUGCCAGCUCGGACAGAGGAUCUAUCAGUACAUCCAGAGCAGGUUUUACCGCUCUCCUGAGGUUCUGUUGGGAAUGCCAUAUGACCUGGCCAUUGACAUGUGGUCUCUGGGAUGCAUCCUGGUAGAGAUGCACACAGGAGAGCCUCUCUUCAGUGGCUCCAAUGAGGUUGACCAGAUGAAUAAGAUUGUGGAGGUUCUGGGGGUCCCACCCAGCCACAUGCUGGAUGCAGCUCCUAAAGCUAGGAAGUACUUCGACAAGCUGUCAGAUGGUCUGUGGACAGUGAAGAAGAACAAGGACAUCAAGAAGGAGUAUAAGCCCCCAGCCACACGGCGUCUUCAUGAGAUUUUGGGUGUAGAGACUGGCGGCCCAGGGGGGCGGAGGUCAGGAGAGCCAGGACACGCCCCCUGUGACUACCUGAAGUUUAAAGACCUGAUCCUGCGCAUGCUGGACUACGACCCUAAAAGCCGUAUCACCCCAUUCUACGCCCUGCAGCACAAUUUCUUCAAGAAGACGACAGAUGAAGGAACCAACACCAGUUCAUCUACAUCCACUUCUCCUGCCAUGGACCACUCCCAUUCAACCUCCACUACUAGCUCUGUUUCUAGCUCUGGUGGCUCCAGUGGUUCUUCCAAUGACAACCGCAACUACCGCUACAGUAACCGCUACUACAACUCUGCUGUUACACAUUCAGACUAUGAGAUGACCAGCCCUCAGGCUCCCUCCCAGCAGCAGAUGAGGAUGUGGCCAGGCAGUGAUGGUGGAGGUGGGGGUCAGGACCCAGCAUACACCCAGUUGCUGCUUCACAAGCCGGCUGCCUCCCAACAACACCAGCGCCACUUCCUGGACCCGCCCCACCACCCCCACCCAACUUACUCCCACCACGGAAACGGUGGGCGUGGCCUGCGGCAGGGCGGACAGACGGGCAUCGGUGGAGGGGGGGGCCAGCAGGGAUCCUCGCCCCAGAUGAGUGACAGCAUGGAUGUGGGCGUGUCCCUAGGGCUGCACCACCUCGGGGCGGUGUCUUCCAUGGAGGCCUCUCAGUUUGGCUCUGCCUCCCUGCCCCUCGCUCUGCCAAUCGGACUGUCUGCCUUCCGGACUCGGACGGCCCCCACCGCCCCAGGGCCACAAGCCCCACCCCCUGAGGACUACUACCCUGCCUCCAACAACAAUAACCCCGCUGCGGGGGGCAGAGGGAGGCCGGACUCAGAUGAGGGGCCAGCCAACUCUUGAUAAAACCUGAACCAUGCCCUAAAGCCAUACAAUUUUAACUACAACUACUACAACUACACACAUUCAGCCAGAGUUCAGAGACAAAGAGGUGAACUUUGUGCUGAAGGAGACAGUUUGUACUGCAUGAGAGGAGGAGGGAGGAGGAGGAGGAGGAAGGAGGAGGAAGAUGCUGGGAAAACUCUCCUUUUAUCCUGUUUUAGUUUGUUGUCUUUUGUUGCGACUGUAAUUGGAAAGGAAUGAUUGUGACAAGUUUGUUUUUAUUAAUAUUAUUAUUGUUGUUUAAUAUUAUUUGAUUUUCUCGGGUUUGAGGAGUUGUGUGUUCUACUUGGUUGUUGUUUAAGCCUGGAGAGGAGGAGGAGGGUGAAGAAGAAAGAGAGAGGAGCCACGCUUUUCCAUCUUUCUCCAUAUGGUGGCAGUGGAAGGAGAGCACAUAUUCAUGUUCACAAUGGUUAGUUACGACAUUAGUAUGUUCAUAUGAACAGCUCCUAGACACGAGCAGUCUUGACACACGCACAUAUAUGUGUGUGUGUGUGUGUGUGUGUGUGUAUAUAUAUAUAUAUAUGUAUAUACACACACAUAUAUAUAUAUAUAUAUAUACAACCACAUAUAUACUGCUGCAUCAAGAAGACAGAAGGUGGUUUCAAAAGGAGAAAACACCAACAUGUAUGUGAUUCAGGACUCAUGGAUUCUCUCUCCUGUCAGUGUUAAACUCACUUUUCUUAGGGUUUGUGUCCUUCCUCUGUCGCUCUCCGCUCAGUUGUGACAGAGUACAGAGAGAGGGAGGGAGGUGGAGGGAGGAGAAGGUGACAGGACACUGAUGCCUUCCUGGCGCUCAUAGGGAUCUCCUCCUCCUCCUUAUCCUCCCCGCCUCCCUGCUCUCUUCUUCUUCUUCUCCUCCUCCUGUUGUGUUUCUCCUCCAGACAGCUCCUCCUCUCUGUGCUGCUAAUCACCAUGACAACUGGUCCGGAUUGCUGCUAAAGAUCCAACACAGAUCAAUAAAGAAAUAAAAAGAAAUAGAAACAGAAAUAAAAAAAACUUUUUAACCCUUCUGCUUAAGAGAAAAGGAUAAAGUAAGAACCACUGCAUCUCAAUGUAUUUAUUACUAUUUAACAUGAAAAAACAAACUGAAAGUAACCCUUUUUUCUGCUCUUCUUUGUUUGGUUGCCUUCUUUCUGCAGGUGAGCUCUGAUUGGCUAUUGUAACAGUGACAGUAACUGGUGACAUGGGAAUGCCACCGGUUGUGGGGGCUGGGUGGAGGGGAGGGGUUGGGGCAAAAUAAAGUUGGAUAUAUAAUAAGAAUAAAGAGUAUACUUUUGCACACCAAAGUCAAACAAACAUCAGAUCUCCGCUUUUCUUCCUACUAAUCUGAUCCACCAGCUCAUCCACAGGUCACACAGGACUUCUAUCGAGCCUUUACACCUUCUAUAGGAACCUAUGAAGAGUUACUAUUAUGGGAAAUCAAAAAAUCCGAUGGACACCUAAAGAGUUAAAAAUUCACUAAAUAGAAGCCUUAAAUAGGCUCAAAAUAUUUAACGUAACCAUGGACUAUGAUUGGCUAGAGAGGGCGUCAGAGCCGUAAACAUUCAGGGCUUAGUUCAAACCUAGGGGGGUCUGGGGUCAGUUUUUCUAAUUUAUAGCAGCUAUAUGCAUUAUUUUUAAAGCCAGUUGAGACAUCCCUAAAAUCACUUGGCAAACUCAUGAUAGUUGCCUAAGAAAAAAAAUCAUCCUGUACAUCUCCAUCAUUCUGAAACCACAUUAAGUGUUGAGGAUGACUAAUUUUCACUCCUGCCACAAAGGCAAAAAUUACUAUUUCUAUUAACUAUUUUUAAGUUAGAUAAUAUAUACACAACAUAGAUAGCGUAAGAAUUUGGAAUAAACAGCAUUAAUAAUAUUGGAACCUAUUUGUGUUACACUAUUCUGGAGUAGAAUUCACAGAAUUAAUUUUAAGCAUCUGCAUCUAUAUGUAAAUCCCUGCCAUAAUACUGUAAUAGAUGGUGAUAUACGGGUGAAUGUGUGGGAAAGAGCGAUUGUGGCAUGUGUAAAGGCGCUUUAAGUGGUCGGAAGACUACUCAAAGGACAGUCCAUUUACCAUGAUAUUUCCCCAGCAGUUCCACUGAUUUUCUAGUCCAGGCAGAGAGACUGAGUGGAAAUUACACAAAGUUGAAGUUAUUUUAAAAAGCUUUUAAAAAAGGGCUUUUGAGAAAACAUUUGGGGGCUGGAGCUCCAGAAGCCAGCCCGCCAACUCGGCCCAUGGCUGUUGUUGCUUUGUCUGAAUGAGCAGACAGUCGAUCAAUAACUGGCUGUUACAAAGUUACAAACUGACUGGGAUGUCAUUGAUAGAAUUUGGAAAAUAAUUAAAUUAACAUGAGCAGCAAAACACUCAUUGUUGAUAGAAGCAGGAUGAAAUAACAGUAUUUCAUCAUAUUGAGCUGAGCUUUAAAAUGUGUUGGAUUCAUUUACAAUUUUUUUUUCUCUUUAUUUAUAUGAUUCUUUCCUUCAUAUGGUCUUAGUGUUUGGUUGUUUAUUGUGCAAAGAAACUAAAUUAAUGAAGCUACAAAUACAUUCAGUAGAAAAGACAUUAAUUACAAUGCAGGCGAGGACAAUUAAAUAUAUUUUUAUUCUCCACCUGUGUGGAAAGUUGUCUUCAACCAAAAACAAGAUUCAGCAUCAUUAAAUACAGAGAAGCAGUUAGUAAAACAAGCACAUAGACAAGGCUGCAUUACACAUUUAGACACAGUUCAUGUCAGUGAAUCUAGUGAGUCACUUUGUAGGGUUAAAAAUACCAUAUGUCGCACUAGAGAACCAGCAUCUCAAUGGGAAGAGAAACAAAAUAAAACUCAACAAAAUAAGUCUUUGUAUUUCCACUAAAAGUUGUUGUUUUUGCCACUGACAGGCUCAGAUUGUUAUUCUAAGUGUCUGACAGCACUAUGGAAGGAUCCCUACAGACAUGGACCUUUUGUUUAACCAGGGGCAGCCAUAUCAAUAUCAAUCUCUACCAGGCUCCAUAGAAACAAAUGGUUAUUUUACCCUGUGUAUCAUUGUAACAUCCUAAUUUAAUUCAAAGUGGACAGAGAAAAUAAAACUCACCAAAACCAA